GCCCGGGCCCCGCCAGGCCGGUGCCCGAGGGUCACCCCCAACCCAGCGCGGCCACGGCCCGCGGCACCCGGCCGCCGGCGCCCACUGACUGAGCCUGACGCCCCAGGAGGAGGAAGAAAUAAAGAACCCCGUUUCCUCCCGAGGACGGUUGGCGAUUCAUCCCACAGCCGAGAGGUCUCGGCUCCCUCCCGCACCCGCCCGGCCCGGCCCCUCCCGGCCAUGGGGAGCUGCGCGCGGCUGCUGCUGCUUUGGGGCUGCUCCGCGGUGGCCGCAGGACUGAGCGGAGUAGCUGGAGCAAGUUCCCGCUGUGAAAAAGCCUGUAACCCUCGGAUGGGAAAUUUGGCUUUAGGGAGAAAACUCUGGGCGGACACCACCUGUGGUCAGAACGCUACUGAACUGUACUGCUUCUAUAGUGAGAACACUGAUCUGACUUGUCAGCAGCCCCAAUGUGACAAAUGCAAUGCUGCCCAUCCUCACCUGGCUCACCUGCCAUCUGCCAUGGCAGACUCGUCCUUCAGGUUUCCUCGCACGUGGUGGCAAUCUGCUGAGGAUGUGCACAGAGAAAAGAUUCAGUUAGACCUGGAAGCUGAAUUCUACUUCACUCACCUAAUUAUGGUGUUUAAGUCCCCCAGGCCAGCAGCCAUGGUCCUGGACCGGUCCCAGGACUUUGGGAAAACAUGGAAGCCUUACAAGUACUUUGCAAUUAACUGCUCGGCUACAUUUGGCCUGGAAGAUGAUGUUGUCAAGAAGGGAGCUAUUUGCACUUCUAGAUACUCCAAUCCUUUUCCAUGCACUGGAGGAGAGGUUAUUUUCAGAGCUUUAUCACCACCAUAUGAUGCAGAGAACCCUUACAGUGCCAAAGUUCAGGAGCAGUUGAAGAUCACCAACCUCCGUGUGCAGCUACUAAAACGACAGUCUUGUCCCUGUCAGAGAAAUGACCUGAAUACAAAGCCUCAGCAUUUUACACACUAUGCAAUAUAUGAUUUCAUUGUCAAGGGAAGCUGCUUCUGUAAUGGCCACGCUGAUCAGUGCGUACCUGUGGAUGGCUUCAGACCUGUCAAGGCACCAGGAGCAUUCCACAUGGUCCAUGGGAAGUGUAUGUGUAAGCACAACACAGCAGGCACCCACUGCCAACACUGUGCGCCAUUAUACAAUGACCGCCCCUGGGAGGCAGGUGAUGGCAAAACAGGGGCUCCUAAAGAGUGCAGAACCUGCAAAUGCAAUGGGCAUGCUGAUACUUGUCGCUUUGACAUGGCUGUGUGGGAGGCAUCAGGGAAUCGUAGUGGUGGUGUCUGCAAUGACUGUCAGCACAACACAGAAGGUCAGCACUGCCAGCGGUGUAAGCCAGGUUUCUACCGUGACCUCCGGAGACCCUUCUCUGCCCCAGAUGCUUGCAAAUUAUGUUCCUGCCAUCCAGUUGGAUCAGCUGUCCUUCCUUUCAGCUCAGUGACCUUCUGUGACCCCAGCAAUGGUGACUGCCCUUGCAAGCCUGGGGUGGCAGGACCACAUUGUGACAGGUGCAUGGUGGGAUACUGGGGCUUUGGAGACUAUGGCUGCAGACCUUGUGACUGUGCUGGGAGCUGUGACCCACUCACAGGAGAUUGUAUCAGCAGCAGCACAGACAUAGACUGGUAUCACGAAGCUCCUGUCUUCCAUUCCAUGGACAAUAAUAGUGAACCAACCUGGGAGUGGGAGGAUGAGCAAGGAUUUUCUGCACUUCGACAUUCAGGUAAAUGUGAAUGUAAGGAACAGGUGUUAGGAAACUCCAAGGCAUUCUGUGGAAUGAAAUAUUCAUAUGUGCUAAAAAUUAAGAUUUUAUCAGCUCACGAUAAAGGCUCCCAUGCUGAGGUCAAUGUGAAUGUAAAAAAAGUCUUAAAAUCUACCAAACUGAAGAUUUUACGAGGAAAGCGAACAUUGUAUCCAGAAUCAUGGACUAACAGAGGCUGCACUUGUCCAGUCCUCAAUCCUGGUUUGGAGUACCUUGUAGCAGGACAUGAGGAUGUGAGAACAGGCAAACUGGUUGUGAAUAUGAAAAGUUUUGUCCAGCACUGGAAACCAUCUCUUGGAAGAAAAGUCAUGGACAUUCUAAAAAGAGAGUGCAAGUAGCAGCAAAAAACAUGUAUAGCACAUAAUGGCACUUCUCUAUGUACAAAACACCAACUAAAUGGAAAGGAGACCUCAAAAUGAAACUGGAAUUUUUUUAAGUGCCAAAAUAUAUAGAAAUGGUCCAGUGUAUAGGCUUUGUCUAACCUAAUCUCUCCCUGAGCCCAUGUUUAAAUACAGUUUUGUUUCAUAAAGAAGAGUAGAAAACCAUAUGCUGAUACCAGUUUUCUAUGGGACUGAUUCUGAAAUUCAUAACUAUUUAGAAUAUUUGAAUAGCAGUGAGAUAUUUAGCAGUAAUCCAUUAAGGCCAAUACAUCUAACAAGGACUCCUCCGAGCUUCAAAUAUGUUACAUACAUUUGAUGCUACUUAAAUUAAUGAAUGAGAUUUUAAGGAAUCCCAACCCUACUAUCAGGAAAGGUAUUUCUUAAAAAGAGCCUUCUCUUGUUUGUUAUGUAUGAACUUUGGUCUGUGGGGUGUUACAUGGAACCUCUCCACAUGUGUAUAGUAUUUCCUUGUAUAAAGCACUUUACUACCUACCACAUGUGUUGUGAAAGUUUGGAGAUUGUUGUUGACAGAAAGAAAGUAUGUGUAAGAAAAUCUACUGAAACAGAAGCACUGCCACUACAUGUGGACAAAAGUGACCAUAUAAAGGAAGUUGUACUAUUUAACUGAACACCUGGAGAAACUAUGUGAAGAUGCAACCUUAAAGGAAGAUAUGUUUGCAUGAAGUCUCAGCUCCAGGCUAGAGGUUAGAUUCCACAGAUAAUGGCCAUAAUGAAACUUUAAAAAAAAAAAAAAAAAAAACUAAA